GUUUCGAAAAAAAAAACAGGAAAUUCUGCAGAAACGAAAAGUCUGAGACGUUUUCACGUCAAAGAUGGCUUGCUUUGAUAGCAGUAAGGGGAGUUUGGAGGAGGACAGCUAUGAAGGAGCUGUCGGUGGAGAGCUGUCCGGCUGUGCCUUGGCCAUGAUGGAAAAGGAACGGGAGUCCCUUCUCAGCCCAUCAGAGAACCAUGGCACCUUCAACAGCAGCAGCUCCAGCAGCUUUCAGGCUGCCACCCCCCUGCAGGGCUACGAUGUAGAGUUUGACCCGUCGCUAGAGAGUAAAUAUGAGUGCCCUAUCUGCCUCAUGGCUUUGAGGAAUGCCGUUCAAACACCCUGCGGUCACCGCUUCUGCAAGAACUGCAUUGAGAAGUCCAUUCGUGAUACAGGACAGAGAUGCCCUGUGGACAAUGAAAUGCUGUCAGAGGAUCAGCUGUUUCCUGAUAACUUUGCCAAACGGGAGAUUCUGUCACUUACUGUUCGCUGCCCGAACUCCGGCUGUGCUGAUAAAAUGGAGCUACGACACUUAGAGAAUCAUUUGGCACUGUGUCAGUUUGCCACUGUGCCUUGCCCUCAGUGCCAACAGUCUGUGAGAAAGAGCCACCUAGAGGAGCACACAACUGUUGAGUGCCAAAGGAGACCCAUGUCAUGUCCAGAUUGUGUGGCAUCCUUUGUUUACGAGGACAGAGAGCUUCACGAGCAGCAGUGUCCCUUUGCCAACGUGAAGUGCCAGUACUGUGAGAUGGAUCUCAUCAGAGACCAGAUGGAAUCUCAUUGUGAUACAGAUUGUCCAAAAGCACCCAUCGCCUGUAACUUUAGCACCUUUGGAUGUAAGGAGAGGAUGCAGCGCCACAACCUGGCUCAGCACAUGCAGGAGUUCACACAGAUGCACAUGCGCUACAUGGCCGAGUUCCUGCGUGGCCUUAGCCUCAAUGGCACCACACCCAAAUCCCUGUGGGCGCUCGGACCUUCUGUCUCUUCUGAGGAUCAAGGAGCUGCAGCAUUAGUACCGGCUUCUAGUGGGCCCAGAGGUCCUGUAAGCUGCAGCAGCAACUGUGCUCCAUCUCAGCCCAGUGAAGAGAUGCAGAGGAUCAGAGACAUGGAUGGACGAUUGGUGAAGCAGGAUCACCAGCUACGUGAGCUCAUCAUCUUUAAAGAAACACAGGUAGGCCAGCUUGCAGAGCUCAGGCGUAGGGUGUCAAUGCUGGAGGACACAGUGAGGGAGCUGGAGGCCCAGCAGUGCCGCGGUAUCUUCAUCUGGCGCCUCAAAGGUUUCUCCGCUCACCUGCGGAACCAGGAAGCAGGCCUGCCGGUGGUGGAGCACAGCCCCGGCUUCUACACGGGCUGUCCGGGCUACAAGCUGUGCCUGCGUUUACACCUGCAGACCCCUAACGCCCUGCGCUGCUCCAACUACAUCUCCCUCUUUGUGCACACCAUGCAGGGAGCUUUUGACGCGCAGCUGACCUGGCCAUUACAAGGCACCAUCCGGCUCGCCAUCCUAGACCACGGCCCCGAGGGUCAGCACCACAUGGAGGUGAUGGAAACGAAGCCAGACCUGCAAGCCUUUCAGAAGCCCACCAUCCUGCGCAACCCCAAAGGAUUCGGCUACGUUACCUUUAUGCACCUGCAUCAGCUGAACCAGAGAGCCUACGUUAAAGACGACACCAUGCUUAUCCGCUGUGAAGUGACACCACGAUUUGACAAUAUGCCUCACCGUGAGGGACCAACAGUGCAGCCCAGAGGGCCUGAGGCAUCAGUUUCAAGGGACUAAAGUCAAACACAUAUCUAUGACAGCGCGAUACAUCUCCCAAUGUCUCUGUACUUCUCAGUUCAUUUUAUUGGUUCACAUCAGCAGGAGGGAGAUUAAUGUUGACCGCCAUUUAAUAUUUGGAAACGGCAAGUAUGCUAGUAUUUAUUUGUUUACCAACUUUUAAAUGUCAAAAUAGUUUUUGUUUCAGUAGAUAUGCACAUGCACGACAUGAUCCUUUUUUUUUUAAUUCAUUUUGAAAUGUAUGUAUGUAUUCGCCUAUAUGGUACCAACAUUCACCAACCCUCCUUUGUUCAAAUUGUGUAAAUAACCAAUGUGUAAUCAGCUCAACAUAACCAGUUAAAGAGAUGUUCUCGCUGCCUGCAGACUGACAAUAACUACAAACUUUGCUCUCUUCUUGUGGUUGUUGGAGACGGUAUACACCCUGUGGAGUUUUUGACCUCUGCUGGCAGAAUGGAGCAGCGUUUUGGCAAGCAGAUCCCCAUUUCUAUGUUUUACCUCAUCCUCUACGACCACACACACACACACACACACACACACACACACACACACACACAAAAGGAUCCACUUGUAUGCAUUCUUAAUGACUGCAGAGGGAAGGAAUGAAAAUGAGUAGUGUAGAAAAGGCAAACAGGUGAAACAGCACUGGGCUGUGUGGCAUUUUUUUAUUUGCAGUUGCCACGGUUGGGAUCGUGAGAGAUAUGAAACGCUUGGGUCCAGAUCAUAUAAAAGAAAUGACUGCACAACAAAGAAGUGCCACAAACGCACUGAAAUCACUCUUCUUAUCACAAUAUGAGACCUUAGUCCAACAAGAAUAAAGCUUCUGGAAUAGCUCUAACAUUGUGCUAUUUUCAUGCCAAAAACAUGGAAGCCUGAAGAACUUUUUCAUGUCAGGUGAGCAGCUUCCAUUGGAAUAAAUGGGGCACUGUUCAGUUCUGUUUAAUUUAUCUGUGGGUCACACACGACGCAGAGGAGCAUCGUGUCACCUGGGGGGAAUUGAAGCGGCAGACAAAGCAAAGAAACACAUCAUACCAUGUCCAUCAAAAACAGGAGGACAGUUUCAUGGCGGCAUCAUGGUAAUCAGCUGAGCAAAGCUCCAAGACAGGGUGAAGAAGAAGAAGACGACGACGACGUCUAGUUCUUGUAUUUAAAGAUGGGAAAUACUGCAAGUUUCAAGAUAUUCAAAAGUCUGCUUUGCAAAUGUUUUGUGAGGAAGGAAGUGCAUUCGAUAGAUAUGUUGUGCCUCUGUGACGCAGUGUAUGUUGACUGUAAAAAUCUCCACAGGGUGCUUUUUGUUUUGUUUUAAACUAGGGUCAGUGUAAAGAUUAGGAGUAUCAAUAGUCAAACUCAUGUUCUCCAAAUUCAACAUGUAAUGCUUCACUAUUUUUUGUGACUGUAUAUUUUUGAUAAAUACGUUACAGCUAGUCACCGAGUUGCUCAUGUUGCUUUGGGCUGCCACAAACUCCUGCCGAAUGUGCCUCAUGUCACCUGUGCCUCAUGUCACCUGUGCUUAAUGUGCCUACUGUGCACUAUCAAAAGCAUUUCAACAGUAGACAUAAAUCCACCAUCAUGGUUCAGUGUCUUCAAUGUAAAACCCUGUUUAAGGCGCUAAGGCUGUUUAGUCUCCUCAGUAGAUUGUGUUAUGUAUUGGUAUGUCGCUGUUCAGUGAUGUGACUGUAUUAACAAUGAUAUCUCUUGAUGUAAAUGAUAGAACAGGUUCUCAUUGUGAAUCUUAGCAUAUGAUCCAAUGCUGAUGGAAAUAGCCUCAAAUUAAA